AUGAAAUAUUCGCUGUACUUGGCAAGAAAGUACGCUGCUGAGGGCUGGUGGGAUAGGGCGAUUCGGCAUUAUCUUACUGUGCUGUUCACUUAUCAGAAUGUUGAGCAACGCGAAAUCGAAUUUGCUGAUGAGUUUCGAACAGUUCUGGAGAGCUGGAUGUGCUAUUCAAGAAACGCCGACUCAUGUCUCAGCGCUUUGUUCGCUCCCAUACUGAAUUUAUUCCCAAAGUGCGUACCAAUUGUCACAUUGCUUUCGGAGCACGUUUCUGGAAGUGCCAUGUUUCUGGAAGACACUGGCGAGACAGGUGUGUGCUCCUACGACAACCUCAAAGCAGCUAUUAACGCUGAAUGCGAUCAUUUGAUGGGUGCUGUAUUUCGGGUCUCCUCUGCUAACAUCCGGAGCGGUGUUUUUGACCAGUGGCACAUGUUUAUGAUCAAUGAUCAGGAGAGAAACAUGAAAUUCUUGGAAGCCUUGAAGAACACAAUUUCACCUACCGAUCAUGUCCUAGAUAUCGGCACUGGAACCGGAAUAUUGAGUGUCUUGCGGCUAGUGGAUGCACUGAAUUCUCCUUUUAUUUUCAGAUGUGGCGCUUCGAAGAUAUCGGCGAUUGAGGCAAAUCCAACGCUUUACCAGAUGGCCAAGAGAACUCUCGCUUUGAAUGGAGUGGGCAAUGCUAAAGUCAUACACGAGUAUUCGUAUGAAUACGAUCCGGAAGAAGACGAGUUGGCAGAUGUGGUUGUAUCGGAGAUUCUCGAUUGUUGUGCAUUUGGUGAAGGUGUGAUACCUGCCUUUCUUGAUGCCCAUCUCAGACUCGCAAAUAAUACGGCCCGAUUCAUACCUUCAAACGUCACCCUAUUUGCGACUUUGUUAGAGUCGCCCUCGAUUUACCUCAGUCAUGCCUUCACAUCACCGUCCGGCAAGGAGUAUCGGUCCGAAUAUGUUCCAUGUAAUGGGCAGAAACCAAAUGAGCCGUACUGGUGUACGCGAGUGUCGGACUUGGUCGACGCAAAGCAGCUCUCAUCAUCCCACAAGGUGCUCACGGUGGACUUCCAAAACGUCAAUGAACUGCAUCGAUACGUAUUUGGUCAGUGCGGUUCUAUUGAAACAAACAAGUUACGAAUUACUAAGAGCUUUUGGAGAGAGUUCCUGUCGUUUCUUCCGGAACGCUUCACGCCGUUGUCGUCCACUUUAAUGGGAGACAAUGAUUCGCUCAUCAUAUGGGUCUUAAUAUGGGGAGAUCCAGUACAUAGACACAUCGAAAAGUACUUGCUGGGAACAAGGCAUAUUCCCUCUACCAUACCCUCUGCGAGUGGGUUUUUUUUUAAUUUUUUUUGGAAGGCAUUGGUUCUAAUCAGGGAUAUCAUAAAUCUGAAUUGGUCUCUGAAGAGGACCAGGCUAGAUAUAUCAGUGGAUGUCACAGAGAAUUCUGAAGAGAUGCAUCUUAACCGCGAGCUAAUUGUGCGAAGUCAACUUGAUUACCGUACUAUGAACAACGACAUGCUGCUUCUUGCGAUUACUCGACUCCUACCUUCUAUUAGCAGAUAUUCGUGGAAUUUAGAUGGGGAGCUUAGCGCCGAAGAACUUGGAGUUGUAAGAUACCUGCCGCACUUCCUAAUAGAUUCAAAGGAUAUUAAUGGUACGAUCGAUAGAGAAGUGGAUGAAGGCUAUGCUGAUCAAUGUGUUGUUGUGUGGCCAAUACGGGGUGAUGGAUCAGUCAGUGAAGUGUUUUUGAACUUACUUCGAUCUUUACGGGCCAGAGAGGAUAUACCGCCUUCGCUGAAACAUUGUGGAUUCCUCACUGAUCGUCUUUCUGCUCAUGGAGUUCUCGUUUCAUCAGAACGCUUGUCAAAACUUACGCGUGUACAGCAAGACUCUCUCUGUGGUGUUGAUUUGUCUCCGCUUCAAAUGUACAAUCUGCUAGAAUAUAGGGAUAUUGAGAUUUCAACUUUCGAACACCACAUUUGUUCAAAUGAGUUCCGCUUUCUUCAUCUCGGAGAAGAAGACACGGAAUUGCUCUCGAAGAAGAUUGAGGUGCGGUGUACUUCUGCAGGCCUCGUGGAGGGUGUUCUGUAUUGGUGGCAGCUGGAUCACUAUUAUUCUACGCGACAAGAUCGCGGAACGUUUUUCAUAUUCAGGGAACCGAUCUCAGUGAACGUCGGGACUGUGCUCAACAUCACUUGCGAUGUCUACUGCGGCUCAAUUCUUCUCUCUGCUGAAAUCGCGUGA